AUGAAAAUUUAUAAGGAAAAUGUUAUGAAAGAUGAUUGCAAGGACAAAAUAAGUAGAAUUCAAGGAAAACCAAAAGCGGGGGAAGCAUUAAUUAGUUUUGGCAUCCUUCCCGGCCGUGAGCUGUGCACCUCCGGAGGAGUAGGCGGCUGGGGGAACGGCCAGUGCGGCCAAGUGGCGGGAAUGGGUGGGUGGGGCCACGGCCACCGGCCGGCCUGCAUCGGCGGGUGGAACAGCACCACUGGCGUGAGGGCACGACAUGGAUGUACCCGAGACGAUAUUGAAGAGCAUGCUGCUUUGGUCGUCAACAUCGUAGCCAAAAGGGGACCACCCAGCUAG